GCCAAAUUUUCCACCAACUCUUGCUCCACAUUUUAUUGGCCUGAAAAAUUCAUCCAACCCCUACUGCAAUCAGUGCAGGCCACCACGAAUCGCCCCCCGUGUCGCCCCAGGGAGACUUUUGGGUGAUUUCCACGGUGAAUUGUGGCGAAUUUGCGGUUAAUUUGUUGAGGUUGAAGUUGUUGGCUCGCGGGGGAGUGUGAGCUGGAGACGACGAAGGGAAAAAGACGAACAGAAAAUUGGUGUGUUGGAAGAGGAAGAAAAAAAGCGUCGGAAAAGUGACUGUGAUAGGGUUGAGGGCUCCUUGUUCGCCUCUCUCGACAAUUUUAUCUCUGUGGCUCCGACAAUGAAAAAUCCUCCCUCGCUGACACGAAGUGGGAUUAAGUCAUCUUCCACUUCUUUGCGGGAUUAGGAAGCCAGCUGAUGUUUUUUGCCCACUCGGCCUCCCCCCAGUUCCACACAGUCUUGGGGAUGGGAGUGACAGAGUUCGAAGGGUGAAAUGUGAGACAAUUAAUGCGAGUGAAGAGUGACGUCUGGGGAUGAUUUUUCACGGAGUCAAAUCAACUGAAACGGAGUGAAUUUGCAGGUGGUGAGGGUGACUUUUGAAAGGAGAAUUUCUCACUUCCUCUGUGUGGCAGCUGAUGUGGAAAAAGGCGCCUUCAACCACGGGAAAAUUUAUCGAUUUCCGGCCAGGACACUCGAGACUCAUCCAUUCGAGAGAAUUGGCCUCUGUGAUUUCCAGCGCGGUUCAACCGAGAUAAAUCAAACACCGCGCUCAAACUGUCACCUUCGUCACCCUGGAGGCUCAAUGAAUAAAUAAUAAGGUCAUCCGGAGGCAGAGACUCCCGUGGCCUGUCGCAGAGGACGUGGACGAAGAAAUAUUAGUGGGUAUUCGCAGACUUUUUGCGUGCGUGGUACGCGGAGUCUGGGGGUGGAAGACUGGAAUGGAUCAUGCGCUCAUCCUGUGAUUUGUUUAUAUCCAACACUGACGCUCUCUCGUCUGAGAAAACUGUACCACACUCUAUUUGGACGUUAUUCAAUUAUCCACCGCCGGGAUCAUCCGCUGUGAGCCACCCCACAGAAGGCCUGAGACAGUGAAAGGGUGCGGAGAGCCUCUUUUGCGCAUCUCAUACAUUUUGCAACACGCGUCUCCAUUCAUGGGGUGGUCACCCCAGCCCUGAAUUCUCCCCCACCCGGAAGAGACCGCGCAAUCAGUGGUGAAAAAAUUUGCACGCCGGGGAAGAGAAUUGCUACGUGACACACUAAUUGAUGAGGUGGCGCGGUAACAAUCUACAGCCCUCGAGAACUUGUGCAACGUAAAGCAUGGCAAAAAUGCUGAAUGGGGAACAAGAGGUGUCUCGGCGUGAUGACGAGGAAGUGGAGAGAAUCAGUGAGUUGUACGAGAAGAGACCCGAGGCUUUCGAGAAGUGGCUGAGGGAGAGAGCGCCUCCAGAUGCCAUCCACAAGAUCCACGCUAUUGUCACAAAGUCGCCCAAGAGUCCGAGGAAGGGUGGGUCAGUGUCUUCUGACCUCUUUCAGCAGUGGCUGGCACUCUCGCCAGUAAGGCGGAGUCGCACGACCCAGAAUCAACGCGCGAUUGGCUCGAGAAAGCAUCUGGAGAAUCUGAAUGAGAGCGAAUUGUUUAUGGAAUUGAUUCGCGAUGUGGCCAAUGAACUGGAUAUCGAUGUUCUCUGCCACAAGAUCCUCGUGAAUGUGGGUCUGCUCACGCAGGCGGAUCGCGGCAGUCUGUUUCUGGCGCGCAACACGCCUGCGGGCAGAAUUCUCGUGGCGAAGCUGUUCGAUGUGACACAGGAUACGGCGCUGGAGGAGGCCAUGAGGCAGGCCCACGAGGAGCCCAUUGUGAUCCCCUUCGGGGUGGGCAUCGCCGGCAUCGUGGCGGAGACGAAGGAGAUCAUCAACAUCAAGGAUGCAUACAAGGAUAAGCGCUUCAAUGGUGAAAUUGACUUGAGAACGGGCUACAAGACCAACUUAAUCCUCUCAAUGCCAAUCUGCAACUACGAAGGCGACGUCAUUGGUGUGGCAGAAAUUAUUAACAAGAUUAAUGAAGAAGCUGAUGAAUUCUCGGAGAAGGACGUUGAGGUAUUUCGUCGAUACCUCACAUUCUGCGGCAUUGGCAUUCAGAACGCUCAACUAUUUGAAAUAUCCGUCCAAGAGUAUCAGCGUAAUCAGAUCCUGCUCAAUCUGGCGCGGAACAUCUUCGCCGAGCAGAGCAACCUGGAGUGCCUCGUGACGAAGAUUAUGCAGGAGGCGAGGGAAUUGCUCAAAUGCCAGCGCUGUGCAGUAUUCCUCCUUGAUUUGGACUGUGGCGAAGCGAAUCACCUGGAGCGGAUUUUGGAGAAGCCAUCGCAGAGUAUUCAAACAUUUUCGCGACGUCAGAGCAAAGUCAUCAACGUGGAGGAUAUUCUGGAGCAACAAAAAUCACCCAUUCGCUUCACCACCCUGUUCGAGUUGGGGGCGGAGAACCAUGUGAGCACAGUGAGCCGCCCCACCAUGGAGGAUCUGCAGAACUCAACUCUGGCGCUCAUCGCCCAGAUGGUGGCGUCCACAAAUCAAAUCCUCAACAUCGAGGACGUGCGAGAGUGGCUCAAGGACAAGACGUCGCUGUUCAAGGACGACGAGGCGGACAACAUCCACACAAUCCUCUGCAUGCCCAUCGUGAAUGGCGCUAAGGACGUUAUUGGCGUUGCUCAAUUAAUUAAUAAGAACACCGAGUCGAGUUUCAGCGAGUUGGAUGUGUCAAUUUUGGAGGCAUUUGCGAUAUUCUGCGGUCUGGGUAUUCACAAUACGCAAAUGUAUGAGAGCGCUUGUAAGCUGAUGGCGAAGCAGAAAGUGGCCCUCGAGUGUCUAUCAUAUCACGCCACAGCCAGUCAGGAGCAAACACUGAAAUUGGCCCAAGACAGUAUUCAGUCGGCCGAGCAGUACAGCCUGUACAGCUUCAAAUUUAUAGAUUUCGACCUCUCCGACGAUGACACCUGCCGUGCCACUGUGAGAAUGUUCCUGCAAUGCAAUUUGGUCCAGCAAUUCAAUAUUCCUUAUGAAGUCCUGUGUCGCUGGAUACUCAGUGUUAGGAAGAAUUAUCGGCCUGUUAAGUAUCACAAUUGGAGGCACGCACUCAAUGUCGCCCAGACCAUGUUUGCCAUGAUGAAGACCGGAAAGAUGGAGCGCUUCAUGCACGAUUUGGAGAUUCUGGGUCUUCUGGUGGCUUGUCUUUGUCACGAUCUCGACCAUCGUGGCACCAACAAUGCCUUUCAAACAAAGACAGAGAGUCCUCUGGCCAUCCUUUACAGCACAAGCACGAUGGAACAUCAUCACUUCGAUCAGUGCGUUAUGAUUCUCAACUCCGAAGGCAAUAAUAUUUUUCAGGCUCUCUCGCCGGAGGACUACAGACGCGUGAUGAAGACUGUGGAGGCGGCGAUUCUCUCCACGGACCUGGCCAUGUACUUCAAGAAGCGAAAGAGUUUUCUCGACCUCAUCGAGUCGGGCGAGUUUGAUUGGCAGGGCGAGGAGAAGAAGGAGUUGCUCUGCGGCAUGAUGAUGACAGCGUGCGAUGUGAGUGCAAUUGCUAAGCCUUGGGAGGUGCAGCACAAAGUGGCGAAAUUGGUGGCGGAUGAAUUCUUCGAUCAGGGCGACUUGGAGAAGCUGCAACUCAACACACAGCCAAUUGCCAUGAUGGAUCGAGAGCGGAAAGAUGAACUGCCCAAGAUGCAGGUGGGCUUUAUUGACGUCAUAUGUAUGCCACUAUAUCGUGUCCUGUCGGAGACAUUUCCAUGGAUGCGGCCGCUGUACGAGGGCACGAUGGACAAUCGACAGCACUGGCAGGACUUGGCGGAGAAAGUGGAAAUGGGCUUGACAUGGAUUGAUCAUGACACAAUUGAUAAGCCCAUUGAGGAGUUUGCUGCGUGCACAGAAGAAAUAAAGGACAUCGAAUUCACUGUGACAACUCUCAAUUGUGUGCACAACGAGGAGACUUCGCCGUCACAUGAGAGGCAUCGCCGAUUCAAUAGCCUGAGGAAAUCAAAUGUUCUGUCGAGGGCGGUGCGGAAUCGUCUCUCAAAGUCACUCUACUGCAGCAACUCCAGCAAGAAAGACCCAAUCGAUGACACGUCCGACACUGCAGAGGACACCACACCGCCGACCAAGGAGACGUCCAAGAAAGCCAGCGGUGAGCGGAGCAAAGGGCACAAGAAGCACUCCCAUCGCUGCCUCUUGCUGUGACCAGAGGCCCGCAAUUGCAGGAGGAAUCUCUAAGCUUCGUCUGAACCCCCAUCUCAAUCUCACAUGGUACUAACAAUGGAGACAAUGAUAUGAAAAGGAGUCUCUCUAAAUUUUGCAAAAAGUCCUAUAUAUUUGAGUUCUUUUGUCAAUGACAUAGCAUAAUUAAUUUUCUGUGGUAAUAAAGGUGGAGAUUUUGUAAAGGAGAUAUUAUUAAAAAAAAAAAUACCAAAGGAAUAAAAGAUAAUGUUAGACACAUUUCACAAUAGCAAGAGCAAUUAUAGAAUACAUAUUAAAGGUAAUAGUAAAUUUAAGUAAUAUUAAAUUGAAUAAAAGUAAGUGAAACAUUCAUGUGAUUGAGGA